AUAUUGGCAAGUUGUCAAAAAUGAGUUGGGACAGAUGCUGUUAUUUGUGACACUUUAAUGCUGAUUGGAAGACGGGUGAACAUUGGCAGGUUGUCAAAAAUGAUUUAUGAAGUUUUAUAUUUGAUGACAUUUUUUAAAAGUGUCACCUGUGUUAGAGUAGAAUUACCCGCCGUGUAUGACUACCAGCUGUCAUGGGACGUAACAAACAGAACAGAUUUUAAAUUCAACGUUAAAGCCGAGAUGGAAGCAAGGUUGUCUCUCGAUACAGACAGACCAAGUAACAGUGAUCCGGAAAUAAUAAUCGGCGGAAUGGGAAAUACCAGAACAGAAGUCUUUGAUUGCCGUACAUGUAAUACAUUAUUAAGAUAUGAAGACAAUAAUCCCCUAUCUAGUGGUACCAAAAAGUAUUUUUGGAUAAACUUGUCGACAAAUAAAUUUAGUUGUGGUUUCGGGACAUUAACAACGGUUGAUCCACUUAUUGAUUACUCACCCUUUCCUACAACAAAUCGGAUAUGGAUAAGUUCAUAUCCGACCGCUGCAGGUUCAUGGGAAAUGCCUGAUUACUUGACAAUGACGAUUCCCUCAACUCUGCUACCUAAUACAACAGUUCACUGGGAUGUAGCUGGUAUUACAUCAGCUUUAUUGUCCAUAGAAACUUGUGGAAGUGUUGAUCUAAUCUUCACCACAGAUAUAGCUGGUGAUUAUUAUCAAGUUGGUUUGGGUGAUUGUGCCAAGACGUGUACAACACUAACUAAAUUCAUGUCGUCCUCUACUCCAACCACCCUGACAGCCACUGAGAAUCCUCUACAAUGCUCCAGUUUUGCAGAUAUAUGGAUAAGUUGGGAGAGUGGUGCUAGAAAACUAGAAGUUGGAACGGGACACGUUCUGAAUCAGAAUGCCUUGGUUGCUAUGGAGAACCUCGAUGAUCUGAACACUAUUGAAAAGAUGGAACCAAGGAGCACAGAUACGACACAGUGGAAAAUAGAUCUAUAUGGGUGUAAGUUUUUGAGCUGGCAAGAAUGGGGUGGUUGGUCAAUCUGUGACAGGGAUGGUCAGGUCUUACAUAGAUAUCGUGUCUGUCAGUGUGAACAUCCUCCAUCAGAUCCAAACUUUGAUCCUCUCCUGUAUUGUAAUGGCGAUUACAGAGAAGAAAUUAAAAGUAACGCUGUCGUGUGCAAGAAAUGGAAAUAUAAGGGUAAACUUUAUUCCACAACCAUGGAUAAAUCAGUUACCACCGCAGUCUCACAGGCAGCCUGUAUGUUAAAUUGUAGAACAUCAUUCCCCAAUUGCUACUAUAUAUCUUACAAUAAGUUGGAGAAACUGUGUUGGAUGUAUAUCGGGGGAAUACCACAUUUUAAGUGGGUAUCGAAUCAGUUCAUUCUCAAUGAAAAUUUUAAAACGCACGCUUUUUAUCAGUAGACGAUCAUUUAUUUAUAACACGGCACCAAAUGUACAGUUAAAACGCAGCACCAGAUGAUCAGUUAUAACACGGCACCAGAUGAUCAGUUAUAACACCACUUGAUCAGUUAUAACGCGGCACCAGAUGAUCAACACGGUACCAGGUGAUCGGUUAUAACACGACACGCGAUAAUUAGUUAUAACACAGCACAAAAUGUUCAGUUAGAAUACAAUACCAGAUGAUCAGUUGUAAAACGGCACCAGAUGUUAUAACACGGUACCAGAUGAUCGGUUAUAACACGACACGAGAUAAUUUGUUAUAACAUAGCGCAAAAUGUUCAGUUAUAAUACGGCACCAGAUGAUCAGUUAUAACACGAUACCAGAUGAUCGGUUAUAACACGACACGAGAUAAUUUGUUAUAACAUAGCGCAAAAUGUUCAGUUAUAAUACGGCACCAGAUGAUCAGUUAUAACACGAUACCAGAUGAUCGGUUAUAACACGACACGAGAUAAUUUGUUAUAACACAGCACCAAAUGUUCAGUUAUAAUACGAUACCAGAUGAUCAGUUGUAAAACGGCAUCAGAUGAUCAGUUAUUACACGGUACCAGAUGACCAUUUUAAACACAGCACCAGAUGAUCAGCUUAAACACAUCACCAGAUGAUCAGUUGUGACACGGCACCAGAUUAUCAGUUGUAACACGGGACCAGAGGAUCAGUUGUAACACGGGACCAGAUGAUCAGUUGUGGCACGACACCAGAUGAUCAGUUGUAACACGGUACCAGAUGAUCGAUUAUAACACGACACCAGAUCGACAGUUAUAACACGGCACUAAAUGAUCAGUUAUAACACGACACCAGAUCGACAGUUAUAACACGACACCGUGACCUUCUGGUUAGUGAUCAAGU